AUGGGCCUUUUAGCUCUCAAGAAGCCUGAGCAGGAUGCAGGCAAGGCCUGGCCUGCCAUUGUCAUUGGCUUAUUCGUAGCCUUUGGUGGUGUGCUGUUUGGAUAUGACACUGGUACCAUCAGCGGUAUUCUUGCCAUGGACUACUGGCAAAACCUGUUUUCGACGGGCUAUGUCAACACCAAAGGUCACCUGGAUGUCUCGCCCUCCCAGUCCUCCGCCAUUGUGUCAAUUCUGUCGGCGGGAACCUUUUUUGGCUCGCUCAGCUCCCCCUUACUUGCCGACAGCAUUGGUCGCCGGCUCGCGUUAAUUAUGUCGUCCUUGGUCUUCGUCCUCGGAGUCAUCCUCCAGACUGCCGCCACGGCCUUGCCUCUUUUCCUGGCUGGCAGGUUCUUCGCCGGCUUCGGCGUUGGUCUGAUCUCAGCUCUUAUUCCCCUCUACCAAAGCGAGACAGCUCCCAAGUGGAUUCGGGGCGCCAUCGUAGGCGCGUACCAGUUUGCCAUCACAAUAGGUCUGCUUCUAGCCAACAUCGUGGACAACUCGACUCAAAAUCGACAGGAUACCGGUUCAUACCGUAUCCCAAUAGCCGUCCAGUUCGCAUGGGCUAUCAUCCUCAUCGGUGGAAUGCUCAUCCUACCCGAGACACCCCGAUUUCUCAUUAAGAAGGGCGACCAUGCAAAGGCGGCAAGGGCUCUCGGCCAAAUCAGGAGGAUUCCGGCGGACCAUCCAGCUGUUCUAGCUGAGCUUGCCGAGAUCCAGGCUAAUCACGAUUUCGAGAUGACCCUUGGCAAGGCAAGCUAUCUCGACUGUUUCCGAGGGCCUAUGCUCAAACGCCAACUUACCGGAAUGGGUCUGCAAGCUCUACAGCAGCUUACGGGAAUCAAUUUCAUCUUCUACUACGGCACCCAGUACUUCAAGAAUUCGGGAAUUUCAAACUCGUUUACCAUUCAGAUCAUCACCUCCGUCGUCAAUGUUGUCUCAACCCUCCCUGGACUUUGGGCUGUCGACAAAUUCGGACGUCGUCCACUUCUCCUCUGGGGUGCCAUCGGCAUGUGCGUCAGUCAGUUCCUGGUAGCCGUACUGGGCACGACCACGACGGGUCAAGACGCAAGCGGUAACAUUUUGGUCUACAACGUCGCUGCUCAGAAGGCGGGUAUUGCCUUUGUGUGCAUCUACAUCUUCUUCUUCGCUUCCACCUGGGGUCCGCUCGCUUGGGUGGUCACGGGUGAAAUCUUCCCGCUCAAGACUAGAGCCAAGAGUUUGGGUAUGGCGACCGCUACCAACUGGCUGCUCAACUGGGCCAUCGCGUAUGCGACCCCCUAUCUCGUGAACUACGGACCCGGCUACGCGAACCUGCAGAGCAAGAUCUUCUUCAUCUGGUUCGGCUGCUGCUUCAUCUGCAUCGCCUUUGUCUACUUUUACAUAUAUGAGACCAAAGGGUUGUCGCUGGAGGAGGUUGACGAGCUCUACACCGAGGUCAAGAGUGCCCGGAAGAGUAAGGACUGGGUGCCUAGCAGGAGCUUCGCGCAACGGCAGAGCGUAUCUGGGGGCGUUGGGGAGAAGGAUGGCGCGACUACUCAUCACAGCGAUCUGGUAUUCGUUGAGCUGUCACUACGAGCGCGCGAUGACCCCAACCUCAAAGUCCUGCGGGGAUUCCACGAGGGUAGCACGGAGGGCAGCAGACAGCUGAUGGCUGCAGAUUUUCGGAACGGGGUCUGGGCUACGCUGUCUACAGUAGCAAUUGAGAGUGUUCAUGCUCUUGACGAGGAUGUCCUGGUUGGGAAAUUGGGGUACAAGCUUAGAGAACUAGGAACGCUCAGCCAGCUGAUCGUACCGUUUGGUGGACUGUUGGACAUCGGCUUGAAGUAUGGCGAGACUGUCUUGAUUGCCCCCGCUACGGGCUCGUUCGGCAGUGCAGCAGUGCAUGUCGCUCUUUCGAUGGGAGCACGCGUCAUCGUCAUGGGAAGAAACGAGACCUCUCUUGAGGGGCUGAAGAAGCUCGCCGAGCCCGGUAGGGUGGAAACCGUCAGGAUCAACGGCGAUGCACAGGAAGACGUCAAGGCACUGGCAAAGUUUGGCCCCCUGGACGUAUUCUUCGACAUAUCUCCGGCCAAGGCGGCCAAAAGCUCACAUAUCAAGGCAGGAAUCACACACAAGGGCCUCACGAUCAAAGGGACCUUCGUGAGCACGACUCAGCAGGCGACGGAGUUGAUCAAGACUGUGGAGAGAGGUGUGCUGAAGAUUGGUUCUAGGGCGGGUAUGAAGGUCAUGGGAAAAUUACAGCUCGAAAAUUGGGAGAAAGCGUUCGAGGUUGCUGCUUUGGAAAGUGGUCCGGGGAAGAGUGUGUAUUUCAUCCCGAACGGAGAGUAA